GCUGGAGCAGGAAGUGCGUCAUCGGGCCGCGGUUGUGGACAGUGCCAAGAUGGCGGCGCCCUAGUGGGGAUCAUGCCUGGCAGUGAAGUGUGGAUCCGCACCAGGGAACGCCUCAAGAGGUUCCCACAGUUCGUGGCAGCGUGCUCUGAGGAAGCAUCAGCAUAUGGGAGAUGUGUGGCUACAAUUGUUCAAGAGAACCAGGACCUCAGAAAGAACAUGUGCGCCAAAGAGUUUCAGGCCUUUAAGAAAUGUUUUACGAUAAAUGCCAAGAAAGCAUGGUAAAAACAAUCCUGAGAUCAAGAAAGGAGCUUUGAGGACAUCGCUGGUUAAAAGGACUUCCAGUCCCUUAUCCAAUAAAUCUGAACAUUGAUGUGCAAUAUAAUUUAUCAUUGUGUCAAAGAAUAA